AUGGCUCUUCUCUAUCCAUUCCAUCUUCCGAAUCUGCCACUCAACUGGGCUGAACAUAUGUGGCUUCCGGAGAUUUCUCCAACCAAUGAAUCGUUCAUCACUACUGUUUUCGACCAUAGAGAGACAGCGACGACGAAUGCAGAAUUAUUAAGACAUUUAUCUGACAAUGUCGCUAGAAUUGCACAUGAUGAGCCAGAAUACGAGAUUCAAACUUCGACAAGAAUCCGAGAAUCGUCGUGA